AUGAACAGAGCUGCUCUCAUUGCUCAAACUUCCCGCAGAAUGACGCGGUUAUCAACCCACUUUUGUGGAGCCCGUUCUGUCGCAUCCUUCGUCAAAUCCCACGACAAGAUUGCCAAUCCCGCAGACACUCCCUACUAUGUUAACAAUUCAUUUGUUCAAUCCAAUACCGACUCCUGGAUCGAUGUCCAUGACCCAGCAACAAAUUAUCUUGUGACCCGUGUCCCGCAAAAUACCUCUGACGAGCUCACAGCCGCUGUUGACGCUGCUGAAAAGGCCUUCAAAACUUUCCGUAACACUUCAGUUCUUUCCCGCCAACAAAUCGCCUUCAACUUUGUUCGUCUUAUUCGUGAAAACUGGGACAGGCUCGCAGCUUCCAUUACUCUCGAACAGGGUAAAACUUUCCCUGAUGCCCGUGGUGAUGUCCUUCGUGGUCUUCAGGUCGCAGAAACUGCCUGUGCUGUUACCACUCAGCUCACUGGAGAGUUUCUUGAAGUCUCCAAGGACAUGGAAACUAAAAUGUACCGCGAACCUCUUGGUGUCGUGGCUGCUAUCUGCCCCUUUAACUUCCCUGCUAUGAUUCCUCUCUGGUCUAUCCCUCUGACAAUUGCUACCGGUAAUACCCUUAUUCUUAAGCCAUCUGAGCGUGAUCCUGGCGCUGCUCUUAUUCUUGCCGAUUUGGCGCGUCAAGCUGGUGCCCCCCCAGGUGUCGUCAAUGUCAUUCACGGUUCUGCUCCCACUGUUGAUUUCAUCUUAGACGAGCCUCGCAUCAAGGCUAUUUCCUUUGUCGGCUCCGACAAGGCAGGCAAGUACAUUUAUACCCGUGGCACUGCCAAUGGCAAGCGUGUUCAGGCCAACCUCGGUGCCAAAAACCACGCCGUGUUGCUUCCAGAUGCCAAUAAGAAUUUUGCCAUUAACUCGAUUGUGGGUGCCGCUUUUGGUGCUGCGGGCCAGCGCUGCAUGGCUCUCUCGGCCCUAGUUGCGGUGAGCUCCGCUAAGGAGUGGGUAUCCGACAUUGCAUCGCUGGCAGCCAACCUUAAGGUUUCUGGUGGCUUUGUGGAGGACACCGAUGUCGGCCCCGUAAUCACCCCGCAAUCUAAGAAGCGCAUCAUUGAGAUUAUCGAUGAUGCAGAACGUGCCGGCGCAACCAUUCUGCUAGACGGUCGCAAUUACACCAAUCCUGAUUUCCCCAAUGGCAACUUUGUUGGCCCCACAGUUAUUACUGGAGUCAAGCCUGGCAUGCGUGCAUAUGACGAAGAGAUUUUCGGUCCUGUUUUGGUUGUUGUUGAGGUUGACACUCUUGACGAUGCCAUUGAGCUGAUCAACAAGAACAAAUACGGCAACGGUUCUUCUAUUUUUACCCAGAGCGGGUCCACAGGCUACAAGUUCCAGAAGGAAAUCGAGGCUGGCCAGGUCGGUAUUAACGUUCCCAUCCCUGUACCUCUCCCCAUGUUUUCCUUUACCGGCAACAAGGGUUCCUUCCUUGGAGAUUUGAACUUUUACGGUAAGGCAGGUGUUUACUUCCUGACUCAGUACAAGACUGUGACUACUCACUGGCGUGCUGAGGAUGCUUUGGCCACCAAGGCUUCCGUGAAUAUGCCGACCCAGUCGUGA